GUUGCUGCUCCGGUACGAGGGGCGAUGGCAAGUCCGCUGCUUCACUCUGCUCUCCAACAUCCCCUCACUCUGCCUUUUCUGUCUCUUUCUAACAUAUUCACAGCAACACAUACACGCAAAAACAUUAGCACACGCUUCAGUAGGUUUUUCCCCUUAAACCUCUUCCCUCCAUAAGUUGGUUGUUGUAAAAGUUUGACAGCUUCUAUCUUGGAGUGACAGCCGGCUGAAUCUCGUUGGAGUCUAGGUGGUGAAGCCUUUUUUCUCGCCUUCCCCCCCUCCUUAAAUCACUGUGAACUUGCUUGGCACGUAUUUCCAGCCUGUCACUGUGUGAAGUAUCUGGUGGCGCAGAAUUAAUAACGCUGUCUGAACGGAGCGUUUUGCCCCGUUUUACCCCCAACGAACCCGGGCAUGAUGAGCUGGAGGCGGCGGAGGAACUUUGCGCUUCUGAUCUUGACUCUCCACGUCUGGCGUUUGUCCACGGCUGCAGAAAAUGCUGACAACGAGGGAAACAGUCCAGACAAAGCUGAGCGGCUCGGGGAUGCAACCAAACCACAACACUAUGAGACCACCAUACCUCUGCUGCUGAAGGGCAAAGAGAGCAGGCCUCUCAGCCAGCUCAUGUCUGGGAGUUACCCUUCAUCACUCCAGCUGGUGGUAUUUGUGGAAGGUGAACAGCUGAUCCUGCUGCUGGAAAAAAAUGAGGGUCUUUUUGCGAGCCACUACACUGAGACACAUUACAGGGAGGAUGGCAGCACAGUCACGGGCGCUCACAACUUCACGAAUAACUGCUACUACCAUGGGGAAGUCCAGGAGCAUCCGAACUCAGAUGUUACUGUCAGUGUCUGCUCAGGCCUUCGAGGCUUCAUAGCAGUUGAAAACAAGACGUUUAUCAUUGAGCCUGUGUCUGGUCGUGACUCGGGGGCCCACUUCAUCUACCGAGUGGAAGAGCUAAGACUGACUCCUGGAGCCUGUGGCCAUGAUUUCAACAUGUCCUCUGUUGCCCCUGAAAACCACAUGAAAAGCCCCUUUCAGUCCUUCCACACAAGGCAUAAAAGGCAUACUCAGAAGACAACCAAAUACGUUGAGCUGAUCAUUGUUGCAGAUAACAGAGAGUUUCAGAAACAGGGGAAGGAUUUGGACAAAGUUAAACAGAGACUGGCAGAGAUAGCCAAUUACGUGGAUAAGUUCUACAGGGCCCUCAACAUUCGGGUGGCUCUGGUGGGUCUAGAGGUGUGGAGUGACUCUGAUAAAUGUCCCAUCACUCAAGAUCCCUUCACCACCUUGCAUGAAUUCUUGGACUGGAGGAAAAUGAAGCUGCUGCCCCAGAAACCUCACGACAAUGCUCAGCUCAUAAGCGGAGUUUACUUCCAAGGCACUACCAUCGGCAUGGCACCCAUUAUGAGCAUGUGCACAGUGGAGCAGUCUGGAGGCAUUGUCAUGGAUCACUCUGAGAACCCACUGGGUGCAGCCGUGACUUUGGCACAUGAGCUGGGACACAACUUUGGCAUGAAUCAUGACACCCCAGAGCGCGGCUGUGGAUGCAGGAUGACUGCUGAUCGAGGAGGCUGCAUCAUGACCCCCUCCACAGGAUAUCCGUUCCCAACAGUGUUUAGCACAUGCAGCAAGAAGGACCUUGCAGCUAGUCUGGAGAAAGGCGUGGGCAUGUGUUUGUACAACAUGCCGGAGGUCAAGGUGCUGUACGGAGGACAAAAGUGCGGCAAUGGCUAUGUGGAGGAGGGAGAAGAAUGUGACUGUGGAGAACUAGAGGAAUGCAUGAACCCCUGCUGCAACGCCACAACAUGCACCCUCAAGGGAGACGCCGUGUGUGCCCAUGGACAAUGCUGCGAAGACUGCCAUCUCAAACCAGCUGGCACCCUGUGCCGAGAGUCCGGUAACUCGUGUGACCUGCCUGAGUUCUGUACUGGGGCCAGCCCUCACUGCCCAGCCAACGUUUAUCUCCAUGAUGGACACGCCUGCCACAAUGUUGAGGGCUACUGCUACAACGGCAUCUGCCAGACUCAUGAGCAACAGUGCAUCACCUUGUGGGGACCAGGAGCCAAGCCUGCUCCGGAGAUCUGCUUCGAGAGAGUCAACUCUGCAGGUGAUCCUUAUGGGAACUGUGGGAAAGACUCUAAAGGCUCCUUUGCCAAAUGUGAAGCAAGGGAUGCAAAGUGUGGUAAAAUCCAGUGCCAGGGUGGUGCCAACAGACCGGUAAUUGGAACAAACGCUGUGUCCAUUGAAACAAAUAUCCCACUACAAGAAGGGGGGCGCAUCUUGUGUCGAGGUACACACGUUUACCUGGGCGAUGACAUGCCGGACCCUGGACUCGUUCUGGCUGGGACGAAGUGUGGUGACAGCAUGGUGUGCCUGAACAGGCAGUGCCAGAAUGUCAGUGUCUUUGGCGUGCAUGAGUGCUCCGGGAAAUGCAAUGAACGUGGGGUGUGCAACAACAAGAAGAACUGCCACUGUGAAGCACACUGGGCCCCUCCGUUCUGUGAGAAAGCAGGCUUUGGUGGGAGCAUUGACAGCGGGCCAAUGAGAUUGGCAGAUGUGCGUGUGUGUGUAUUAAUGUGCGUGUUGUCGUAUAUGGCAUCAGCCGACAGUGUGCUUAUUGCUGUCGCAAUCCUGGUCACCCUGAUCAGCCUCUUGGUGGCCAUUGCUCUCGUCUUUCUGAAGAGGAAGACUCUGCUGCGCCUCCUCUUCAGCAACAAGAAGAGCACUCUGGAGAAACUCAGAGCUGUUGAGGCAAACAGGCCCACCAGCCCCUUCAGAAGUGAACCCAGGUUUAGACCCACGCCAUGCCGAAAACCCCCACCCAAACCCUCCACAGCCCACAUCUAUAAGACAUCUCUUCUGAGUGCAGAGCCUUUGCUCCCCCCGCACAACUUCCACUCCCACAGCCUGCGCCGACUGCCCCUCUACCAGCCCCUGCAUAUCAGCCAGCCUAUGCCUGUGUCCCUGAGCGUGGGUCAGCCUACCCUGCUUCCUCUGCCAGCUCACCGCCACCAGGUCCUGCCCCCCCACGCAUCCCUCUCGCCACCUCCAGUGCCACCUUUUCUCAGUCUGCCGCGCCAGCAGUCAUCAUGCAGAGUGGACCAGGACUUUGAGAAGCCCAGUCCACCACAGAAACCACUACCUGCAGAUCCAGUGGGGAGAAGCUCUCGGCUAGGUCACAGUCCCACAGCAGCAGGGGUCUACAUCCCCAGGACUGGAGCCCUCCCAGUACCUAUCCCCACUGUGCCCAGACCUCCACCCAGCAUCCCUUUACCCAACAGGCCUGUGCCUGCGCUGCCCUACAGACCACCAAAGACUCCUAAGGACUGCUGAGCUCUUGACUUCAUGGUCAUAUAGAACAUAUUUAAAAGAAAAAAAAACUUUCUUGUUUUGCACUAAUUACUGAGACUCUGCUGAACUUUUCAAACAGCCGGAAGUGUCACAGAGUCCCUGGUGGAAAAGAGGGCUAACAUCACAGCUCGGUGUUAGGCCUAAAUGGUGCUUUGUUGUCCUCGCUCAGGUACCAAUGAACUAUUUAUCUAUUUAACUAUUUAACUUCGAUGUUACCUGUUUGUGCUCAGAGCACUCUGAUGAAAACUGAUUUUCUGCAUGGAAAAUUUCAGAAAAGGAAACUAAGUGUCAUUUUGGAUAUUUCUUUUACAUUCUUUAGGGAUUUUUUUAUACUCUUUUCUUAAAUGAAGUGCUGAAAUAUAUGAUCUUUUUUAUAACUGGAGAGGUUGCUUAAGCGAAAGAGAAAAAAAACUGGGCUUGGAUGAAUAGAAAGGGAAAUGGAGCACAAGUCAGCACGUAACUUGUGGCUCUUUGAGCAGUGUUAUUUAUUUAGUUUGUCAUAUUUUAUUAUGUCUUUAGUACCAAAUACAUUGUCUUUAUCCUUGCUACCAUGGUGCCAAACAAAGUAUAUAAACAUACAUAUAUAAGUUCACUUUCUUUUCUUUUUUUUUUUUUAGAAAAUGCAACAGUUUAUAUGAUUCAUAUAAAGGUAGAUGGAAAUACAUGAAAUACCACCUUUUAUUUCUCUAUACUGAGCCAGAUCAAUCAGAUUGCCUCAUUUUACAGUCACACAGCGAGGCUCUUUGAGCCCAUAUAAGUUCAUUUUUUAACUUGUCAGACUGGCUCUGAUGCACUGUUCUGGGCAUGUGUUGCGUGUGUGACAUGUUCUGGUGAUGCUAAAGAGUCGAGUGUCAACAGAUCUGCCAGACUGAUUGUGUUCCAGAGAAUUACACCAACACCAAACCAUUCAGUAUUACUGCUGGUGUUUGUAUGUUUAACAUCCACGCUCACUUUGUCCAUGAGUGUGUGAGCCAAGCUGGAUGACUUCAACUCUGUAAGCUCUCCAAGCUUCUCCUCGACCAUGUCUAACAAAAUGUUUUAUUGUUUUUGACUGUAGUGUUUUUAUUUUCUUCCACAACAUUUUGUCUGGCUUUUGCUGUUUAUCCAUGCAUUCACUGCAUUGUUGAUUAGAUUCGGAGCUCAGCGUUGCACUUUGUGGCACUUUUUUUUGAUGUUACACUGUAUCCAAAAGUGCUCUGCAAAAUGAUGAAAGUUUGUAACACCCUGCGCUGUGUUUAUGUGCAAAAAUGUGCCAGUAAUGCUUUUAUUUUUUUCUAAUUAGAAAGUGUUCAGAUGUAUUUAACAGUCAUAUUAAUGGCUCUCUGCUGGAAAAUUGUUCAGUCUGUGUGGAUUAUCUGUUAAAUGUUUAUGCCAUUUGUAAGUGCUGUACCAUGUUCAUGUAUUACUUUUUGUGUAACAUGUUCAAAGUCAUUGUGAAGUGUAAAGUUUUUUUUUUUGUUUGUUUGUUUUCUCUAAAAAGCACAGGAACUUAAGAACUGCUUUCAAGCUGUACCCCAUUUAAACUGCUCGGUUACAAAACAAAAGAAAGUUUUUUACAUUUCCAGCAUGACCAACCUGCCUUUAAGGUUGCAGAAAAACAGGAUGAUCGAGAUGAAGUCACAGCCGAAUAAAAGUUAUUUUAUGAUUGUU